AUGUUCAGCAAAGCAUGCACGAUCUGCCGGUUGCUGACGUCUUAUGUUCUUGUGCUUGUGCUGAUUAUUACUUUCCCAGCAGCUGAUGCUGCUGCAAGCUUUGAACAAGCAAAGGCAUCCUCCUCUCAAGGCCCUGAAUUUGAAGCGGCGCAGGCGCUGCAGCCUGGCCCCUCGUACUGGUGUAGCGCAGGGCAUCACACGGAUGAUGAACAAGUUGCGUUUAAUGAGGACAUUUUCUUUGACCACCCGCACACCGUGAAGGGCGUGAUGAUCAGCAUGCGCAAGGCUUUGCACGAUUACUUCGGUAUCAGCGAAGUAAAGCCAAUAGAGACUGGGGAGCCUCAGCUGAUGAUUGUGGCGGGAAUAACGAGCAAAGAGAGCGAAAUGUGUCUUCAGGUUAGCCGCCUUUUAAGCCUUCGGCAAACCACACUCUGCAUCACAACACGAAACAUCACCACCCCGCAACAACAAGAGAAAAAAAAUAACAAACAUCUCUCUUCUGCAGGGGGAGGCGCAGUGGUGCUGAGCAGCUGCGCAACAGCACUCGAAGAAGGCGAUGGCCGUUCGUCUUGGAGCGCAGAGCCGAACUCCCAGCUGCGCCUCCAGGCUUCGGGUUUCUUCUGCAUGACGCAAAAGGAAGUGCACGGCUCAGAGCCAGGCACAGGCGACAUUGCUGCAGCUUUGGGCGCCUCUGCUAGCUGCGAAAGCACCGCGGGGGACGAACACAAGCCUGCGCUGGCGCUAGAUAGAGACGUAAAUACCUUCUGGGCAUCAGGGGCCUUCCCGGACGCAGAGGAACACAUUGUAGCAUUUGAUCUUGACUUGGGUGAGAGACAUUCAUCAGAAAAACUGAACGAAACGAAAAAAAAGAAGAAAAAACAUUACAUUUGUACAUCGAUGCUCAGAGUGCUGCCUGAACAGACUGAUAGAGGGAGAGAGAAAGAGAUGUUAAUGAAUGGUUGCUGCUUGCUUAUCAGCGAUGUCGCAGAGAACGCUGCCAAUCCUUCUAACGUAACCCUGGAUAUGCUGCCUGGGGCUGCUGAGGCGCAGCACGUGCGCAUUCUAAUGACGCAUCCGCAUGCAACCAACGGGAAGAUAGACGAGGAGUUUGUCUAUGGAAUACGCGAGAUCUUCGCUCUGGCUAGCCGUAUGGAUACCGCAGUAGGGGAUUGCAAGGAAGCUGCAAACUCACAAGAUGCAAGAGAUAAAUACUUUCUUCUCCCCGUUCAUGAAUUCGAAGUAGAAAUGGCUGAAAAAAUAAACUCCAUUGAAGAAGAUGUCCUCCUCCGCUCCCGCACUCUCGGCAACAAAACCAAACAACUCAUCGAUAGCCGUCCAUUAGCAGAAACCUGCGUAUCAGAGAAAGAAGAGUUUAAGAAACGCGCAGAAGCACUAGAAGAAGAAACAACAGCUUUGCAUGCCUCUCUUCUGUCUGAUUCGCUGACCCCAAGAGGAGGGAGUAAUCCUGUUCAAUUGGGCUAUCUUCCGGGUACAUCAGAAGCAGGCACUAUAUAA